AUGAUUACACAUCCUGCUGGUUUUAUUGCCGAUUUGGUGAAAGGCUUGUAUCAACCACAAUGGGUGAUUAGUAGCCUAAUUAGUCAGUCAUAUAGAUGUAACAAUAACGUUUUCAGUGCGAUUUUGUAAUGGAUCGAAGUGGUUUGUUUAUUUUCUUUCAAUAAACUGUUUCUCCUUGCAUACAACCAAGGGAACAUUUUGGUCGGCCAACAGCCAUUCAGGUUUACAAUUAUAGGAUAGAGGUGAAAUCUGCAGCGUUACCAAACACGCGCAAAUAAGCUUGGUGCGGUCAAACAUUGUCAAAGAAAAUAGUUUAUAUUUCAGGUGAUAAUGUCUCGAGUUCUUAUAGUUGGUGCAGGUUUGACAGGCAGUUUAUGCGCUUGUCUUCUGCGAAGAGAAAUGCCAAACAAAGUUAUUGUUGUCUGGGAUAAAUCGCGAGGAGCAGGAGGAAGGAUGUCCACCAGCAGAAGUCCGUCUGAUGCCUCCUGUAUAGUUGAUCUUGGUGCACAGUACAUUACUGCCACGACAUACUACGCCAAAAUGCAUCAAAACUUCUAUGAAGAGCUGCUGGCCCAUGGUGUUCUGAAGCCUCUGGUUUCCUCUGUGGAAGGGGAGGUGAUGAAGGACGGAGGCCAUAAAAACUAUGUCAGUCCAACAGGAGUGUCCGCCAUCGUCAAACAUUUCCUUAAGCAGUCAGCAGGGGCAGAGGUGUUCUUUGACCACCACGUUACCCACAUCUACCAGAAGGGUGCCAUCUGGGAGGUGUGUCGGAAGGGCGGGGCCCCGGAGCAGUUUGACUCCGUGGUCCUCACUAUGCCAGUACCGCAGAUCCUACAGCUGCAAGGAGACGUGGGCUCCUUGCUAGAGAAGAGUCAGCGGCAGCAGCUUGAGGCGGUGAGCUAUUCGUCGCGCUAUGCGCUGGGCCUCUUCUACAAAGCCCAGGCUCACAUCGACGUCCCCUGGGCCGCCAAGUACAUCUCCAAUAAUCCCUGCAUUCGUUUCAUCGCCAUUGACGAUAAAAAACGCAAUUUAGAAUCCCCUGAGUGCGGUACCUCCAUGGUGGUUCACACCAGUGUUCCCUUUGGUAUCAAACACCUGGAGGAGGCAAAGGAGCAGGUGGAGCCUCUCAUCCUGGAGGAGCUGAACAAGCUGCUGCCCGGCCUGCCACCGCCCGACAGCAUCAAAUGCCAGAAGUGGAGAUACUCGCAGGUGAGUAGCUCGGUGGCCGACUGCCCGGGGCAGAUGACACUGCUGUCCCAGCCUCUGUUGGUGUGUGGGGGCGACGGCUUCACGCAUUCCAAUUUCGACGGCUGUAUCGAGUCGGCCCUGAAGGUGUUUGACGUUCUGAAGCACUCUCUCUGAUGCCGCCUUCUGAAGUUGGGAGUAUAGUGUGGUGGGGUUCUAUGUUAGCCCAGAGAGGGGGGGGCAUGAAACUGAUCUGUUCUACAGAUUCCAUCCAUUCACAGAGAUGGGGGAGUAAUGAUCUAUCUCUGUGAAUGGAUGGAAUCUGUUAAAACAGAUUUGUUUCAUCCACUGAGGUACUUGAUAUGUUGUGUGAUACUACAGUCAACACCAUAUGUAUUUGGACAGUGAAGCUACAAUUUAAAAUGUCUCUUUACUCCAGCAUUUUUGGAUUUGAGCGACAGUACAAAAUGUCACCUUUUUUUUGAGGAAAUGUUCAUAUAUAUCUGUUUUUACGGUUUAUGUAUCUUGUACCCCUAUUUGAAGAAGGCAUAAGUAUUCGGACAAAUUCACUAACAGUGUAUUAAAGUAGUCAAAAGUUUAGUAUUUGGUCCCAUAGUCCUAGCACACAGUGACUACAUCAAGCUUGUGACUACAAACUUGUUGGAUGCAUUUGCAGUUUGUUUUGGUUGUUUCAGAUAAUGUUUUGCCCAAUAGGAACUGAAUGGUGAAUAAUGUGUUGUGUCACUUUUAUUAUAAAUGUGGAUGAAUGCCAUAAUGAAUGGAUAAUCGUGAAUGAAUUGUGAGAAAGUUAGAGGCACAAAGGUCACCCCCCAAAAUAAAACACCUGUUAUUGGUAAUAGUGAGAUGUUAGCAUGUUUUGUUGUAGCCUUUGUAACUUUCUCACUCAUCGUUAUUAAAAAUCCUGAAUGAAUUAUGAAUAAUCAUGGCAUUAUCAGGAUUAAUUUAGAACUGUUCAGAAACAUGUGAUCUACUCACUUAGUAACUGAAUGGUGAAUGGAGUAAUUUUCUAUUGGGCAAAACAUAACAAACUGCAAAUACAACCACAGAGUUUGUCGUUACUUGAUGUGUGCAAAGGAAUAUGGGACCAAAUACGACUUUAAUACACUAAGUGAAUUAAAGGGGAAGCAGGUACCCUAGUGGUUAGAGCGUUGGGCCAGUAACCCAGUAACCGUAAGGAUGCUGGAUCGAAUCCCCGAGCUGACAAGGUCAAGAUCUGUCGUUCUGCCCCUGAGCAAGGCAGUUAACCCACUGUUCCCCCGGCGGCCGAAGACGUGGAUGUUGAUUAUGGCAGCCACCCGCACCUCUCUGAUUCAGAGGGGUUGGGUUACAUGCGGAAGACACAUUUCAGUUGAAUGCAUUAAGUUGUACAGCUGAUGAGGUAUUCUCCCCUUUCCCUUAUGACUUCUUCAUAUGGGGGGACUCGAUACAUAUAGUGCCUUCAUUUCUAAAUGGUUACCUGGAUAUGUAUGAGAUUGCCCUCAGUACAAAAUGUCACCUUUUAUCACCUCAUAUGAAACAUUUAAUCUCAAAUGGGGGGCGGCAGUGUUGCCUAGUGGUUAGAGUGUUGGACUGGUAACCGAAAGGUUGCAAGUUCAAAUCCCCGAGCUGACAAGGUACAAAAUCUGUCGUUCUGCCCCUGAACAGGCAGUUAACCCACUGUUCCUAGGCCGUCAUUGAAAAUAAGAAUUUGUUCUUAACUGACUUGCCUAGUAAAAUAAAGGUUAAAAAAAAAAUCCAAAAUGAGUAUAAAUGUUUUAUUUUUUAUGUUUCACUGUCCAAAUACAUUUGGUGUUUAUAUGCUGGAGGAUGAACAGGAGUAUAUGCUGUGUUCAUGUGUAGUUUGAUGCAAAACAGGGGUCUUUAACACACCCCUUGACCUGCUAAUUUAAAAAGGUGUACAAUGAUUCUGUUCUAUUGCCUUGUUCAGGCAAAAUGAAAAACUGUACUUGUAAGUAAUUGUGUUGUUACUCAGGAUUUCUCUCUAAACACCUUAGUUUGAAAACAUUUUUAUUCAAGCUGAACCAAAAUAUCUCCCACUUUGUAUCUUUAACUCCACUUGCGUUUCGCACUGAUACACAGGAAGAUGGCAGGUGGUAUGGAAACCAAUCCGCACAGAGCUCAGAGAAAAGUCGUACAAAAUGGAUGUGGCAGUCAAAAAGCAAUUAGAAAGCAAUCAAGAUCCCUUAAUGACUUCUAAAUGCAUUAGGCAAAGUAGGCCCACUAUGUAGUGCUUGAGUAAUACCAGAUCUCACCCACCAUUGUGUGAUCCCUGGCAUUAGUACAGCGGGAGGACUCUGGGUAUGACUGCCUGAUAUGACUUACCCCAGAUCUGCCCUGUGCCCACGGAGGCUAAGGGCCCUGUGACCCUGCCACCCCCCCUCCGUGGCAGUGUAAUUCCACCCGGGGCAGCCGCCCGCCGCUGGCCGAGUUCAGCUGCUUAGUGGCAGGGCAGUAAUCUGGGACAAAAUGUUUGGCAGCCGGUCUGGAGAGGGAGAGCCCCCCCCUAAUCCAACAUAAUUACAGCAUUUUGGGCCGGGGCCCCGGGCUGCUGCAGCUGGGGUAGUAGUAGGCACUCUCCACUCUCCUCUCCACUCUACUUAGUCAGCAGCACCCAGAUCGGGGUUAACACACACACACGUGCCUACAUACACAUACAUAUGUGCUUAGUGUUUUUACAGUGUGUGUACACACCCAGCGCAUGGCCGCAGGAAGAUGUUUUGGGUUAGGGUGCCGAUGAGUAUGUUUCUCCCCACGUACAGGAGUAAUAAAGGUCUAGUUGACUGA